GCUCUGUUCAUCCGUUACACUUUGGUAUUUCAGAGCCGGUGACAUGAACAAGGUUGCGCUCACGCUCAGUUUUCCAGGAAUGGGCACACGCACACGGCGCUGUUUCUGAAUGUAACCUUUGUUUUUUUUUUCUUUUCAUUUCUUUCUUUUGUUUUUCUUUGCGUAUCUCCAUUUUUUCCAAACCAACCAAAUCGCCAUGGCUUGGCCGUGCAUCAGUAGAGUGUGCUGUCUGGCUCGGUUCUGGAACCAGUUAGAUAAAUCGGAUCUUUCUGUACCUCUGACUAUUCAGAACUACUCGGACAUUUCCGAGCAAGAGGUUCGAUCCGUGACCAAGCAGGUGCCAACAAAUCUGGUUCCGAGAAACAACUAUUCCACCCCGGACCACCGUGGCUCCCCGCCGGCAGCGGGGGAAGCCACAGGGAACCGGAGAUCUCUUAGGGGACGGAAAGAGCCCAGCUUCAAACCCAGAGAGGAUUACCAGCCGUCCGGUGUGCCUUUCCAGAGUGUCACCCAGUAUAAACAGGAUUUCAAACCCUGGCCCAUUCCUAAAAAGGAGAAUUUCCCUUGGAUUAGCAAUGGCGGGAAAUCGGGUGACAGCAUUUCGGAUAGCCCCUUAAACAGUCACCCUAAUGCACACCCACAUACGAAGGAUGAAAGGGUGGAGAGAGAAGAACGUAGCAGGGCACCCAAGUGGGGAGAACAGCACGGGACUGGAAUAGCCAAAACCAGCUCUUACAGGCAGGAGUACAGGGCAUGGACGGGGGCCAAACCAGCCAAGAGCUCCAGGAAGCCCCCUCCAGCGCUGUACGCCAGCCCCGGCCAGGGGGUCACCUACCCCUACAGCAGCCCUGGGGCUGGGGCGCCCCACCUGCCCCCAGAGACCAGCUACCAGGCCGCCUUCAGCAGUGGAGAGGCCCACAGACACCCAGAGCCGCAGCACCAGGGGGACCACACCACCAACGCAGCCACCCCCACCUUGCAGCCCAUCUCUGCCCCCCUGCAGCCCAGCCCCAGCCCCAUGCCCUGCAGCCUGCAGCAGAGCAGCCUGUCUGAGAGGCCCGGCCUCAGUGUGAGCACCAGGGGAGAGGUGCAGUUGGUGAAGACCAAGCUCUCUCCGAAUCCCUCCGCCGUGUUUCAAAGUGGGCCGAGGAUCUUCAACAUCUGAUGUUCCAAAACCAACCAUUCCACUGGGCCUAGAGUCACAAUCUGUCUGUUCCACACGCCACGAGCAAUCUAUGCAAGGGAAUGUUCUAGACCAGUAAGGCAUUGUCUGUAGAAUGUCUUCAAUUAUGUAAUUGUUGAAAGAGAAUAACAAACCAGAUGUCACAAACAAUAGAAUACUUUUACAAUCCUAUCCCUAUUGCUAUGGAAUUGAAUAUGCAUGUAAGAAAAUAGUUUGAAAACAAGCUUUUGAAGUAUUA